AUGUCCUCGCGCUCCGCCCUGGCGGCGGGCAACGAGCGGAACGCGGACACGGUGAGGCGCCCGCCCCGACAAGCCCGGCGCGGGGGGGGGGGCGCUUGGUCCGGGCGGGGGUCCGGCGCCGCCCCUCCCCCAUGCCGGGGGGGCAGGAACUCCCUGGGGGGGGGGUCCGAGGAGCCCCCUCCCCACGUGGGCAACUACCGGCUGCUGCGCACCAUCGGCAAGGGCAACUUCGCCAAGGUCAAGCUGGCGCGGCACGUGCUCACCGGCCGAGAGGUCGCCAUCAAAAUCAUCGACAAGACCCAGCUGAACCCCACCAGCCUGCAGAAGCUUUUUCGGGAAGUUCGGAUCAUGAAGGGGCUGAACCACCCCAAUAUCGUGAAGCUCUUUGAGGUGAUCGAGACGGAGAAGACGCUGUACCUGGUGAUGGAGUACGCCAGCGCAGGUGAGGUGUUCGAUUACCUGGUGUCCCACGGGAGGAUGAAGGAGAAGGAGGCGCGGGCCAAGUUCAGACAGAUCGUCUCGGCCGUGCACUACUGCCACCAGAAGAACAUCGUGCACAGGGACCUCAAGGCCGAGAACCUGCUGCUGGACGCCGACGCCAACAUCAAGAUCGCCGACUUUGGCUUCAGCAACGAGUUCUCGCGGGGCUCCAAGCUGGACACGUUCUGCGGCUCGCCGCCCUACGCCGCCCCCGAGCUCUUCCAGGGCAAGAAGUACGACGGGCCCGAGGUGGACAUCUGGAGCCUGGGGGUCAUCCUGUACACGCUGGUCAGCGGCUCGCUGCCCUUCGACGGCCACAACCUCAAGGAGCUGCGGGAGCGGGUGCUGCGGGGCAAGUACCGCGUGCCCUUCUACAUGUCCACGGACUGUGAGAACAUCCUGCGGCGCUUCCUGGUGCUCAACCCCGCCAAGCGCUGCACCCUCGAGCAAAUCAUGAAGGACAAAUGGAUCAACAUCGGCUACGAGGGCGACGAGCUGACGCCCUACACGGAGCCCCAGGAGGACUUUGGGGACACCAAACGCAUCGAGGUGAUGGUGGGCAUGGGCUACAGCAGGGAGGAGAUCAAGGAGGCGCUGAGCACCCACAAGUACAACGAGGUGACGGCCACGUACCUGCUGCUGGGCCGGCGGGGAGAGCUGGGCGUGGCCGGGGGCGUGGCCCCGCCCCCCAGGAGGGGCUCCGGAGGCGGAGGGGGGAGGGGCGGAGGGGGCGGGGCCGGGCCGCCCCUCCCCCCUCCCUGCAGCCCCUUGGUCAGCAGCGCCCACAACCCCAACAAGGCCGAGAUCCCCGAGAGACACCUGGACGGACAGCCCCACGUGCCCCCCAGCGUGAUGGGCCGCAGGAACACCUACGUGUGCUCGGGGGGGGAGCGGCACCUGCUGCUGCCCAACGGCAAGGACAGCCUGCCGUCCCGCCCCCCGCCCUCCCCCUCCAGCCACUCCCUGGGCGGGGCUCACCUGGCGCACCUGGCCCGGGGCUGCUCCGCCCGCAGCACCUUCCACGGAGGGGGCGGGGCCGGAACCGGAACCCGCCGGGGGGGCGGGGCCUCGGGAGCUCCGCCCCCCGCCUCGCCCCCUCCCCCCCCCAGCGCCGCCUCCUCCCCCCGGCCCCGCCCGACGGCGACGCUGCUGAGCAAGAUCACCUCGAAACUGACCCGCAGGGUGUCCCUUGACCCCUCCCCCGGGACACACCUCAACACACGGUCGCAGACGAACCUGCGGGAAUCGGGGGACCUGCGCUCACAAGUUGCCAUCUACCUGGGGAUCAAGCGGAAGCCGCCCCCCGGCUGCUCCGAGGGGGGGGGGCUGUGAUGGGGGGGGCGGGGCUCCUUCGAGACCCCCCCCCCCCGGGACCCCCACCCGGGACCCCCCAGAACCGGACCGGGAGCAGAACGGGACCCCCGGAGCUGCA